AUGCCCCUCAUUCUCGAAAGCGGCAUGAACGGGCCUAUGCAGGUCGACCAGCUCGACGUCGAUGACCUCUUCGGCGACGGCGUUGGUCUGUCCCUCCAUACCGCCCGCCCUCCUACCAAGCAUUUACGCCAGAGGAUAGAUGAGCUGCGGACUCGCGGUUGCUGCCAGGGAGUAGCAUGGUCGAAAUCCGGCGCCAUCGCCUCCAUUUCCCCUGACGGAAAGACCUUGGAAGCCAGGUUUCUCCGCUCUCAUCCCGAUGAUGGUAAUUGGGGUCUCAGCGAACCUACAAAGGUUGACCUCAUCUCCAUCAACGCCUCUAGCCCCAUAGUGCACUUGGCUUGGGCUUCAACAGCGAACCCCGAGCUUGCCGUCAUCGAUGCGACUGGUCGAGUUGCCAUCUUAACUUACUCCAUCACAUUGAAUCGCCCCUUUGCGACGCGAAAGUGGGAUCAUGAUCCGAGUGAUGAUCUCCACGCCAUUGUCGGCAGCUACUGGCUUCCACUUGCACCCCAGGCCAAACAGUACUAUGUGAGCCAUGGACCGGCCGUCAAGGAUGGCAACCAGUACCGGUACGAAAGCUCUUUCGUGCAUGCCUACGGCCCCUGGCAUCCUAAUACCUCCAAGAGCGCUCUCCUAUGCGUCACCACAAACGGCCAUCUCAAGAUGUUCUGGGCUCAGAACAACAACAAGAUUGAGGAAACCACGCUUGAACUCGAAAGUGUCAAUUCUUCGGAUGAUUUGAUUACGCAUGCAGCGCUGCACAGCGAUAAGAGUAACCUAUGGAUUGCCCUGGCGACAACCUCAAAACAAUUGCGCCUUGUGCGAGUUGGCAUCAAUUGGGGCUUGCCGCAGUCUCAAUCCGACAACAAGCCGCCCCCGGGUAGCCAGGCGCUCAACCCAACCCUGCAAGAGAAGCAUGUUGCAAUCACUAGCUGGCUGCCCAGUGGCUCGUCUACCACACCAAUCGACUCUGCCGCAAACCAACUAACCCACCUGGAGAUCCUACCGUCAACUCUGGACCACACAGGCCAGGGCUGGGCUCCUCUCAUCAUCCUCGCAGUUCGCACUUACUUGCCAACACCCAACACUCCCUACCAGGAAACACAAAGCAUUAUCGACAAGUGGGAGGUUCUCAAUGACCAAGCACAGAGCCUUCAUCCGGCGUUCGAGCAAUUGGGAAGUCGCAGAAACAGCACAGGUGCGGGCCCAGCUCCCACAUCCCGACUCAAAAAGCACGACCCCGUCAUCGUCAACAAGGUCAUCAUUGGCGUUCACACUCUUCAGUUUGGCAGGGUCAUUUGCUUAGCCUUCAGUGAUGGUUCAGUAGAAUACCGCGACAGGUUCACCCUACAGGAGAUCUACAACGAGAUCAAUCUUGAUAGAGUCAUGACACUGAACCAGGUGGGCUUCACCUUCCAGGAUGAAUCGCCUUGUCUGCAGAUGGCAUUUUCCCCAACCAACUGUUCCGUUGUCAAGAUACAGGACGAUGGCAAGGCCAAGUGGAGCAAGCUACAUUAUCCCUUGGGUGACAUUGGCAACUCCAGCCAAGACGCACCAUAUGCCGCCACAUUGGCAGCAUUGACAGUAGCUGCCUCGACAGCAACGUUCAAUAACAUAAACUACGACGAUAUCCUGGCUGUCGCCCGACCAUACGCAGACAAGAAGCGUUUCACAUUCGAUUGGAUCAACGAGAUCGUGCGCAUGCUCAAGGUUCCCGUCGACUACUCCGAGGAUACCCACCACGAUAGUCUCGUUAGAAACAGCUCUUUGCAGAUGUGCUUGAGCAUCCUAAACCACCUUGGCUACAAAGGCAUGUUCCAGCCUCGUUCCUUUGGCAGCAAGUUCGCUAUGCUGGCGCUCAAUGCGCGCAACGUCGUCAUUCUCAUCACAAUCGCGAGCAACACCCCCGUCAACAUCCGAGAAAAGCUCAGCCCUCUCGACGAGCACGAGGUUGUUGAAGCGCUCGCUGGCUGCGCAAAAUGGUCUCUCGACCUUCUGUCCUGGCUCACAGAUUCUCUCUUCGCCCUCCUCGAUGACCCGCAAUUUCUUGCCCUCCUCACGCCACAGCGCUUCUCCGAAAUGAGCACCUACCUACAAUCCCGCUCCGAUGUCUCCCUCCACCUGCUCCUGUGCUCCUCAACACGCGGCUUUCUCUCUGCCGUAUGCCGCCGUAUCUUACACCUCGAGAUCCUCUCAAAUCGUGCCAUUGAGUUCUACGAGCGCCGGGCCGCCAUGCAGAACGCCACUGACCCAUCUGCACAGGCCAAGGGUCCGCAUGUCGUCCUCUAUAAGGCUUACCAGAAGAUGCAGCGCGUCACCUCGGGCAGCCUGAUCAAGGUGCAAGAGUUUGACCGUCUCCUCACGGUUCUCAACAACGACAUCCGCUCCGCAUACCAGAGCUCACUCGCAUCCCUAGCGGCCAAGAACCCCCCCGGCCCCGGCGGUCAGAAAGCGAUUGACGCACAAAUUAAGAAUGCCCAGAUCCACUGCGAGCUCAACAUGCUGCUCGCGUCGUCGCCGCCGCCGGCUUUUCAUCACGUCCUCCUUAAGUUCUUCAACUCGGAUCUCAAGGCGUACCGCGCCCAGGCCGAUCCCUCCAAGCUCUUCUUCGCCGACUUUGACCUCCUCGAGAUCGACGACGAUCGCCGCACGCUGGCGACGCGUAAGGCCAAGGGGCGGUAUAUCGACGUCUUCAAGCGCAUCGAGCUAGCCGCGCCGCCGGCCCGCGGCACGAAGGAGGGCGACGAGGCUAAAAUGGCGCAAUGGCGGCGGUGUGUCCGGUGCUCGGCGAUCAUGGAGGAUGUGUUUGGCUCUAGGCCAGGCUUCACAUUCGUCCUGGCUCAGCAGAGGAAGUGCUCCUGCGGUGGCCACUGGGGUCUCCUGCCCAAGGGAGCUCUCAUAAUCUGA